GUAACAGAAUAAUUUUGAAGUUUAAAGUCUGAGCAAAAUCAACGGCAUUUGAACUCUACUUUCCCAAAAUUGUCAUAUCCCUAUUACAGUAAGUAACAGCUACUGUCAACUUUUGUAACUCAUUCCAACAAUGUACAAGCCGCAGCAGCAGCAGCAGUUGUUCGAUUUGCAGGACAACAACGGCGCUGCAUUUGACAAUGGAGGAACAGAUCCAAGUUGUUGGCUUUCCCAUGAAAAUGAAAUCUCUCGCACCGAUUCUUCUCUCUCCUCCUCUAAUGUUGAUCCCUUGCUCUUUAAUGACCUCGUCCAGAUCGUCCCUCUUGUUCAGUCCCUCAUUGAUCGGAAGGAAAAAUCUUCAUUUACUAGAAGGGGAUCAAUGACCUAUACCAAAAUGCCUUCAAGAGAAUCACUUUACAAGAAGACGUCUGAAGCAAAAGGAAGAAAUGCAGGUCAAUCAACUGCAACAAAGAAGCAUAGGGACCAAAAUAAGAAUGUUAGCAGUAGCCAGGAUGAAUGUGCGGAGAACUUUUCAACGCCUUCCUCAAGAUCAUCACUAACAGAAAAGGAUAGAGAGGAAUUGAUGACUUUGAGGGAGAAAGUGGAGGAUCUGCAAAAGAAAUUAUUGGAGAAAGAUGAACUCUUGAAGGAAGCAGAAAUCUUGAAGAAUGAAAUAACGGCUACUAAUGCUGAACUUGACGAAAUGAAAAAGGAUAUUUCGGAGAAGGACUUUUUAGUCAAAACGACUCAAGUGCAACUCUCUGAUGCACAGGUUAAGUUAGCUGACAAGAAAGCAGCUGUAGAGAAGCUAGAAUGGGAAGCAAUGACUUCCAGCAAGGAAGCGGAGAGACUCCAAGAAGAUCUGGACUCAUUGCAAGGAGAAAUUUCAUCAUUCAUGCAGUUUGUACAUGCGUUGACAGAAAAUGAUCCCAGGGCUUCGGCUGAAGAGUGCGAUGCCAUCCCUUAUUCAUGGGAUCAAAAUGUUGAAAUAGAUCAGUUGAAUGAAAGAGAUUUGCAGAAAAUGGAGAAGGCAAGAGAAGCUUAUAUUGCAGCAGUUGCUGCUGCUAAAGAGAAUCCCGAUGAAGCCUCUCUUUCUGCAGCUUCCACAGCAAGAUCAUACCUGCAAUCACUUGUUCUGAGAACAUAAACAUGGAUUCGACCUAGGAAACUGACUACUAUAGUUUGUACUACUUCAAUGGGGUGUUGUUUAAACGAUUUAGAGUAGCAUUCAGAUUGUUGUACAAGAAAAGUUAAUUUUCGUUCUACAAAAUGGCCAGUUAGGACUAACUAUUGUUUUGGUUAUAUAAUUAAGGAGUGAUGAACUGUGAUAUAUUAUCUGAAGUCAUUGUUCUUGGACCUUCUCCA